AUGAAUAAAAAUAGUGAAUUUCGAAUGGCAGUGGUAGGAGCGAAACAAAAUGAUAGAAUUCAGGCAACACAACCAAUGGAUUCUGUACUCGGCCUCAACCAGAAUCAUGUUUUUCUCAUUACGAAUAUGCGCCGAGAUGUAAAUAUCUCUUGGAAUUUUAGCAGCUCAAUAAAUGAUAUCGAUUGGAUUGGAUUAUUUCGAGUUGGUUAG